CUCAAAAUAAAUUUGUAAUACGUUAUAAAUGAUCUAAUUUCAUUAUGAGAGAAUUAAAAAAAAUAGUUUUUCGUUUUAACUCUUUGUGGACGACGACCUUUUCCUAUCGCUUGGAGGUACCGAAGUCUAACAUAAACACCGAUGGUCGCCACUCAGGCGAUAUUCGAUCUGCGGCGUAAAUCGCUGUGGCGUUGGACCCUUAUCGGUACUUGUCGACAGUGUUUUAUACAACACAAAAUAACAUCGUAUUGCCGCAGUGAAACGUAGAAUCAGUUAGUUUCUCCACGAUCGUUGAUGUGAACAGUAUAUUUCGUCCCAGUUACAGUUUGAAAGCGUGUUUUGUGUUAUUACCGUUGUUUUUCACUUGUGUCAAACAUUGUUGCUUUUGACGAAAAUUUUACCAUCAACCGUUUUAUAAAAAAAACCCGUCAUGGAUGACGCGGAAUUAGUCCGAAUGGUUGACCAGAUGGAUCUAGCACAUAGUGACGAGGAAGAAAUCGUGGCAUCAAGAAGUCAGCAUCCACGUAGGAUCUACAGUGAUAGUGAAGCGAGCGAUGACAGCGAAUCAGAAUUAGAGGGAAACGAUACCGAGGAAGAGCUGAGAGAUUUCCGUGAAGUUACCGUGGCCAACGACAGCGAAUAUAAUCCUCGCCCACAAUUUGUGGAAAUUGCUGAGCCUAAACAUAUGCCAGCAAGAAAUUCCAUGCCGAGAGCGUAUUUUGAUCUUUUUUUUACGGAAGAAUUUUUGAGCUUAUUGAGAAGUGAGACGAAUCGAUAUGCCAGGCAGUUCCUGAAUAGAAUCAAUGUUCCCUCAGGAUCCAGAAUAACAGAGUGGAAGGCAACCACAGUUUCAGAAAUAAGGGCUUUUAUUGCUGUGCUCUUGGAAAUGGGUAUAACACGUAGACCGACACUUUUUAGUUAUUGGUCAACAAACCACAGACAAAUCCCAUGGUUUGGCCAAAUGUUCAGUCGCAACAGAUUUCAAUUAGUUUGUAGGUUUUUCCAUGUAGUAGACAAUGAAAAAUUACCAGCACGUGAUAAUCCAGAAUAUGACCCUACAGCGAAAUUUCAAUCAGUCGUUAUCCACGCAAACAAUAAGUUCAAAUUUCAUUAUUCGCCUAACCAACAUCUGAGUAUUGAGGAAUCAUUAGUCGGCACGAAGUGUAGAACGUCGUUGAUUCAAUAUCUGCCAAAUAAAAAGCAUCACAGGUGGGGUAUCAAGUUUUGGAUGUUGACUGAUGCAGUUACCCAUUACUGCUUAUCGUUCUUCUGCUAUAGAGGAACUAGGGAUCAAACUGAUGAAGAAGAAAUAAAGAAGAAUGGUCUUGGCCACGUCGUGAUUCAUAAAUUAUUGAAUAUGGGAAAUUAUUUUAUGAAAGGCUAUCACGUGGUAGCAGACAAUUUUUUUACAAGCAUUCCGUUAGCAAGAGCACUGUUUGAAAAAGGGACAUAUCUGACUGGCACAAUCCGCAGCAACAGGAAAUAUAUUCCAUCAUUUAUGAAGCCUAAAUUGCAAGAGGGCGCAUCUAAGUACGCCCGAAAUAAUGAAGUAUUACUAUUAGCGUACCGGGAAAAAAAGUCGCAGAAGAAAAAUGUUUUACUAAUGUCCACAUUUGAGAAGGCUCAGAACAAAACGACUACAAUCAGAAAAAGGAAUGCACAAAUACAGGUCGAAAAACCAGCAAUCGUAGCUGAAUAUAACAAACACAUGGGAGGCGUAGACACGUCAGACAUGAUGCUAUACUCAUACUUAGAUGAAAGAAGAGCCAUAAAAUAUUGGAAAAAAGUAGUUUUCUCCAUUUUCUCCCGAAUGGUGCUGAAUGCCUACAUAUUAUAUCGUCACAAUACAGACGGCAAAACCAAAACAAGACUAGAAUUCAUUACUGAUGUUAUCCAGUCGAUAACCACUGAAUGGUUGGCACUAAAGAGGAUAGCACGCGACACACCAUUAGCGGAAACUUCAACAAAUGUGCCCCGCAUAGGUGUACGGAAACUGCCUGGAAAACUGGAAAGGGUUUGCGUGGUGUGCAGCAGAAAGGAUGGUGGCCCAAAGAGAAAAUCACGCACAGUUUGCAAUAAGUGCAACAAAGGAUUGCAUGGAGUGUGCAUUAGUAGCCACGAAUGCUAAAUAAAUUAUUUGUCAAUGUUAUAUUACCGAUAACAAUUACAUAUUUCGAAAGAGAUAAUCCGCCUGGCGCCUACCGUGUACCUUCAAGUUAUGUUUUAUUUUUGUUAUGUAAUAUUGUUUAUCUUGUUACAAAAUAUAUUGGAAAUACAAAGUAUAUGCUUCAUAAUAAUUGACCCAUAUAAAAUUAUGGUGAAAAGAUGGCUGUUUGUAUGUGCGAAUACGUUUUGUACGAGAGAACUCAACUUUUACUUCAUUUAUAAACAUAUAUACCUUUGCUUUUUCUAUAAUUCUCAAAUGAGUACAAAUAAACUAGUGUCAUUGUUUAGUUCUGUAUUUCAUCUAUAAUACGCAGCUUUUUGAAUCAUGUAAAUAUCGUUUCUCGUUUGGUUUUUAUAAGCAUUUUCUCGAACCCUUGUAAAACUGUGAAAUUCGGCCGGUUAUUCUCGCAUAGGCACCUCUAUUUCGCCCGGCACUAAAAGGGUUAAUAUAUUUUUUUUCAAAUUUUCAAAAGUAAUUCUUAAGAUUUAUUUUGUGAUAUUAAUAACAUUUUCUUCCUAAAAUUGAAAUAUAUACCAAUAUUCUUAUCCACUUUUAAUCCGUAAGAGUGGACAUACAGGAGUAAAACCUAUAGACACCUACAGACGCAUGAACAAACAAAUGUUUCUCAGUUUUGUUUUGAACGACAUUUUCAACAACUUGUCUCUACCAUUUUAGCUUUUCUCUUAAUUUUAUAUAUUCUCACACACGUAUACACACAUACGUACAUAAAAGGUAUGGAAGAGAUUUAAAAGUAAAUGAUAUUUG